UCAACUUCCACAACGUCGUCGUCAACGGGCGGAAGCUCCACGGCAGCGCUACCUUGGGAGUCCCCGUCAGCCACCACGCAUCCCAUCGCGCUGCCGCAUCACAAGCCCGGCAGUGCGAGCCGCCACAGCGCCGAUAAUGCGAUCGGAUAGCACGGAAAAAGUCGACCCUGCUGCGCGACGCGAGCCCAAGUAACGACCCCGACUCGUCGGAUCGAAAAUAAAAAAAAAAAAAAAAAAAAAUGUCGGUCGGCCAGCAGUCGUACCAGCUCUCCGACUAUCUGGAGAAGCUGCCGGGCACCACCUUUCGCAAGCUCUACCAGCAGCCCUCCACCGCCUUUGCCAUCUUCCGCCGCAUGCUGCCUCCCCUGGCCAAGGUCUUCGUCCAGGCGCUCCUCUACAUGCCCUCGCCGAUGCUGCUCUCCGAGCUCGAUGUCUGGGUGCGCCCCGAGGGGAAGAUGCAACGCGAUCGGGCCCUCUCCAUCCUGCGAUCGCUGCACAUUGUCCAGAUCACCCCGCCCGGCAAGGACAAGCCGCAGGAGAUACAGCUCACGACCAAUUUCAGAAACAGCCUGCGUCUGGCCCUCGAGGGCGGCGGUACCCACAACAGCUUCGGCGUGCCCAGCACCCUGCCGGUCGACCCCCGGAUCGAUAUCGCCUAUCUCGACAGCUACGCCCGCAGGAAAUGGGAGGACAUUCUGCACUACGUCGUCAACAGCGUGCCCGCGCAGGGGGAAGGGGGCGGCGGCGGGUCCGUCGGAGGCCCCAAGGCCAGCGUCAAGGAUCUGCUGCUGAUCGGGCGGCUGGUCGAGCGCAGGAACGACACCAAGGCCGGGGUCGGCAUCACCCAGGCCGGCUUCACCUUCCUCCUCCAGGAGGCCAACGCGCAGGUCUGGACGCUGCUCCUGCUCUGGCUCGAGGCGGCCGACCGCGCCAAGGGGGCGGCCGAGCAGGGCAAAGGCGGGGGGGCGGCGGCGGCGGCUGCCAAGGCGGACAGCAUCGACAUGCUGUCUUUCCUCUUCAUGCUCGCCUCGCUCGAGCUCGGGCGGGCAUACGACACGGACGCGCUCAGCGAGACGCGCCGCAACAUGCUCCCGGCCCUCGUCGACUUCGGCCUCAUCUACAUCCCGCGCGAGGACACGCGCCAGUACUUCCCCACCCGCCUGGCCACGACGCUGACCAGCUCGGCCUCGUCCCUCCGCUCCGUCUCGUCCGGCUUCAGCGCCGCCGCCGCCAACAACCCGGGCGACGCCUCCAGCUUGGGCACGACGCCCGAGACGUCGGCCGCCAGCAAGGGCUCCGUCAUCAUCGAGACCAACUACCGCCUCUACGCCUACACCUCCUCCCCGCUCCAGAUCGCCGUCCUCGCCCUCUUCACCCAGCUCAACAUGCGCUUCGCCGGCAUGGCCACCGGCCGCCUGACCCGCGACUCGAUCCGCCGCGCCAUCGGCUUCGGCAUCACCGCCGACCAGAUCAUCAGCUACCUGGCCUCGCACGCCCACGAGCAGAUGGUGCGCGCCGCCGCCGCCACCGGCCGGCCCGUGCUGCCGCCCACCGUCGUCGACCAGAUCCGGCUGUGGCAGCUCGAGAACGAGCGCAUGCGCACCUCGGCCGGCUUCCUCUUCAAGGACUUUGACUCGCUCGACGAGUACCUCUCUCUGAGCGCCUACGCCGAGGAGAUUGGCGUGCUGGUGUGGAAGAGCGACAAGAAGAGGAUGUUUUAUGCCAGCAAGAUUGAGCAGCUCAGGGACUACUUGAGGAGCCGUAAGAGGGCGGAGUGAGUGGCACAUGCACUAUGGGUCAAAGAGCAACAAAGAAUGUACGGGAUCGGCUUCCUUUUUUUUCUGGGGGUUUACCGCAUUAGACGGGGUUCUCCGGCGUUGAAAAGAACAACUGGAAGGGAGGAGAGUUUUCAACUUUGUUUACGGGGUUCCAGGGGAGAAUAAUAAUGACUUCAUGAACACGCUGUUCAGAUCUUCUUCGCCUGGUGUAGUGCUGCCAACCCAACCACGCCGCCCGAGUUUCUCCCCAUUGUGUUCCAACCGUCGACUGCUCCCGCUCAGCACCAGCCGGCCAAACGUUGUCAAAUCUUGCGCCCAUCCUGAACCUGAUUAGGCUGCCAGUCGCCGACAACGGCUGUUCAUGUACGCCUAUUGACUAUUUCGUACAGUGAGUAGCAUCCACAUCAAACAAAAGGCGCUCAUA